CUCAUUCGCCGUCGUAUUCUUUCAACUGUCCUACGUUACUUCGAACAGUAUGGAGACCUCUAUCAUGAGACUCCCAAGCUUCGGUCACAAGAACCCCAAAGUGCCUUUGGAGGCUUAUCGGCCUCCCAGCUACUUGGUACCGGCGUUGAAGGAGAGGAAGACGCGAAUGAGCAAGCCGAAGACCCGGAGCGGGUGUAAGACAUGCAAGAUAAGGAGAGUGAAGUGUGACGAGGGCAAACCUGAAUGUGCAAGAUGCUUGAAAUUCGGGGUCACCUGUGAUGGCUAUAAUGAACCCAAGAAGGCCAAGACAGAAAAACUCGCUAUUGCCCCGAGACGAGAACUAGCCAUCAAUGAGCAGUCUCUCCCAGCCUUGCAAUUACAGCCAGACCUCACGUUCCAUCUGCGAGGAAAUGCCGAAGACACUCAGUACUUCCGGUUCUUCCGUGAUGAGAUCGCCUAUGAUCUCUCUGGAGGAUUCUUCGAUGAGCCGAUUUGGAACCAGAUGAUUCUCCAGUCAUGUCACGAAGCACCGUGCAUCCAGAAGAUAGCCCUGUCAAUUGCGGGGCUAGCGAGGGCCCUGAAAGCAAACGAUUUCAAGGAAGAAAGAGACCCGCAUGUAGAGUACGCUUUGCAGGCGUAUGAGAAGUCCCUACAGCACUUCCGUGUUUUCGUCGCUUCGAACGGCUCACACGAUCCGCGAAUGCUGCUCAUGGCUGGACUAUUGAUCUACUGUUUUGAAUGUCUGCAAGGAAACAUGGAGAACGCCAUUCAGCAGAUCAAAUCGAUGAUGUCCGUUUUCAAAAGCAUGCGCCAAAUGAAACAACUCAACUACGACCAUCUCCGCCGCAAAGGGUCUUUCGAGGACGAACUGGUGUCCGAAAUCGCUCGCUUGGACGGGCAACUCCUCGGGCGUGUCUACGACCCAGACAUCGGCAACACGACGAUCAUCGGCAUCAAGCACGGGCACGUCUGGGACCCCUUCACGAUCCCCGAAGUAUUCACGGAUAUCCGCACCGCGCGGCGUUUCCUCGAGCACAUCCAGCACCUCAGCCGGCCCGACGUCGUGCACGACGAGAAGGCGCAGCCCCUCCCCGUCCCCACCCAAGGCCCCGAUACCUCGCGCGGCGAAGAACACAUCCGCAUCAUGCGCGCGUGUCUUGCAAACUGGUGGUCUAGCUUCAAACCGAUUUAUGACUUCACAUGCACCCCGGAAGGAGACGACAAUUUUGUGCCUGCAGCGACGCUGAGGAUUAUAGCACUGGCGACGAGUCUGAUUCUGCAGACGAAUAUGACGAUGGAUUCACGGCAGGCGACGGAGAACUGGGCGGAUGAGGCCCUGCUGUCGAUGGAGAGGGGGUCGGAUCUAUUUGGGAGUACGGCGAGGGAGAUAUUGGAUUUGUCACGGAAGGUUGUGGGACAUCGGAGGUUUGUGAAGGGGUUUGUGUUUGCGACGGGGAUUAUGAGCCCGUUGUGGAUAGUGCUGAUUACGGCGUACAAGAGGGAGCUUGUGGUUGAUAUUGUGGAGCUUUUCAAGGAGAUGGUUCCUAGGAGAGAGGGGUACUGGAACAGUGUUCCGCUGCUUGAGACAGCGAAGGAGGUGCUCGCGAAGCGGGAUGCGGAGGGGUGGUGAUAUGAUGGCUCAUGAUCUGAAGGCUUGAAUUGAUGGAAUGAAGAUUUUGCCGAUGUACGAAUGAGGAGGUGGUCAAUGUGAUCACUUAGAAGUCCAAAGGGGGCUCGGACUCUCGGAGCAGGAAACGACGUCUCAAUUCUCCAGAAUAUCUGCGCUCCAACACAGCGAAUUUCGCAAACCCAGAAUAAAAUACAUGAAAGUUAUGCU